AUGGCGGCAAGGCGCCGUGACCAGGUCGACGGCCGCCUGGACGCCCUGGAGCAGGAGGUGGCGGAGCUCCGUCAGGGGCAGGCGAACUUGCGGGGCCAGGUGAAGCGCCUCGAAAAGGGGACCCGGCUGGUGUCGGUCGGGUUUGAGGGGCCCUGCGAAUCGCUGUGGCUCGCUCGCGAGCCACAGAAAGAGUACCGCGAUAUGCGCCGAGAGACCGCCCAGGAGAAGGUCGACCAGGCCGUCGCUGUUGGAGAGAUCCAGCAGAUGAUGAGCGUCGACGGAGUCCUCCUGGGUGUCCACGCCCAGGAGGGCUUCGACGCGGCAUCGGGGCACAGGGUGAGGCUCCCGGGCAAGUUCAACCUUGUCCUGGAGACGUGCCACGAGACGUGGGUCAUCAGGAGCAAGCCGAGGACCCUGGACCGCCACCUGCGCCGGGCCUCUGGCUUG